AUGAAAGAACACCUCACUCGUGUGGAAAGUCAUCCUGGAUCCACGUCUUAUCUUUCACUGGGUGUCCAAAACGAAUUAAUCCACAUGAUGGCAUCCACUGUUCGCCAGAGUUUACUAAAGCCAAGUACUAUGGUCUCGUGUUCGACUCGACUCCUGAUCAGGUAUGUGGAAGCUGAUUUUGAGAAGAAAACAAUCCGUGUUAGAGAGUCCUUCCUUGGUUUUAUCCAGAUAAGACAGAAGGAUGCUGAGAGCUUGGUUGAAGACAUCUUGAAACAGCUAGAGAAGGAAGAAAUGGAGCUAAAAGAUUAUCUGUCACAGUGCUAUGACAACGCUGCUGUGAUGGCUGGACACAGAAGUGGUGUUCAUCAAAGAAUAAGUGAGAAAAACAACCUGGCAGUGUUUGUGGAUUGCGACAAUCACUCAUUCAGCUUGGUGGGUGUACAUGCAGCCAAGCAGGAUACAAUGAUGGUCACGUUUUUUUGGAAUCAUCGAAGCUCUCUACGUGUUCUUCUCUCGUUCAACACAGCUCUGGGAAAAGUUAAAAACGCCGUGCCUGUGGUUGUUAAGUCACAGUCCGAAACCAAGUGGAGUGCAAGGACAGAAGCAGUGAAGCCAGUCAACAAGUACCUUGAGGAGAUACUUCAAGUUCUCCAGGACAUGAUAGACAAUGAAAACAAGACCAUGAAACAAGAAGUGACGCAAGGCAGCUGUAUAACCACAUGUUGA